AUGGAGGGCCAUCGAAGGAAGAACUCAUGGUUGACUAUUGGGGUCGGCGGAUGCUGUGCAUCGGGGGAUGAUGUUGCAUCUGAGAAGAAAGGGCACAGCCGAUCAGCUACACGGAUAUACGAGCAGCCUCAAGCCAUGCCAGUUUCCCCAACAAAUCCUUUGGCUCCGCGGCCAACAACGAGUCAGAUUAUGAGCCAACACAUCUCGCAAUGGGUAACAAACAGUCGCGAGUACGCUGCAAGAGCAUCAUCUCGUGCAAGUCUCUCCACCCUUACUCGACCAACGCGAUCACAUUCCCGACCCAGUAUCAGCGGGCCUACCAACUUUCGGCACUUUGAUGGCUUCGACAGCGUAGAGUUCAUGGCCACGGAUGUACCAUCGAAUACCAGACGCCGUAGCUUUCGUCCUCUGCAACUUUCAAUGUAUGGCAGCGACGGUUGUGGACGACUAUCCCCACUCCCCGAUUUCCAAACGGAAGACAACUGGACGAGCAAGCCGUCACCGCUAAGCAUGCCCGCGCCGGCGCGAGUUCGAGGAAACGAAACGGCAACAGGACCAUACUUCUCCAAUCUUUCGUUACACAACAUUCCCAGAAAGCCAGUCGGCUCCGGUUCGAGACGUUCAAGCGUGCAAAGCGUGCAGAGCAUGGCCACGCACGAGAGGAGGUUCUCGGGUUCGACCGUUGGCACGAUGGCAACACCAGCUCUGCCAUCAUGGAAUGAGGAGCCAAAAGCCAGCGUGGAGUCCGUCGUUCGCGGACCUGGGCUGCUACGACGCUCACGCACUUCCGGGGCGAACACACCAGCUCGCGUGCUCUCCCGCCUCCCUUCACCGUCCCGCAGCCGAGCAAACACUGCGCCCACACGACCAAGCAGUCUCCGCCGAGCGAACACAGACGUCGACGAGGCAAUCCGCGAGCUCAACACCAUCGUGGAAGAACGCCGCGCCUCCGCCUACCGCUCUCAAAUCCAAGUCCCCACCCUCAGCAACCGCAUUCCUCCCUCCCCAUCCCACCAC